CUCUACGGGCGCCAGGUAGCUCCAUAUACGGAUUGGAGAGGCACUUUGCAGCCCCUCUGGCACUAAGUCUUGCUAGGGCGCACAGAGGGGCAGUGCCAUGUACGCUACUGACAAACGUAUGCUCCUGAACGAAGAGAACCAGACUUUGGUGUUCACUGUCACCACUGACCUAAUGAUGGGAACGUCUGGAAACAGCACCGACCACCAUAACGGAUCAGAUCCGUUUGCAAGGAACGAGGAGGUGGCACAAAUAGAGAUAAUGGUUCUGAGCAUCACCUUCGUGGUUGCUGUGAUUGGGAACGUAAGCGUCCUGCUGGCCAUGUACAACACAAAGAAGAAGAUGUCGCGAAUGCACCUUUUCAUCAAACACCUGAGCCUGGCCGAUCUGGUGGUUGCUUUCUUCCAGGUGCUGCCACAGCUGUGCUGGGAAAUCACCUUCCGCUUCUACGGCCCAGACUUUCUCUGCAGGAUUGUGAAGCACCUCCAGGUGAUGGGAAUGUUUGCGUCCACCUACAUGAUGGUCAUGAUGACCCUGGAUCGUUACAUUGCCAUCUGCCACCCUCUGAAAACCCUACAGCAAUCCACACGACGCUCGUACAUCAUGAUCAUCUCCACGUGGAUAUGUAGCCUGGUGCUCAGCUGUUCACAGUACUUCAUCUUCUCCCUGAGCGAGAUCCAGAACGGCUCGGGCGUCUACGACUGCUGGGCGCGCUUUAUCGAGCCAUGGGGCGCCAGGGCGUACAUCACCUGGAUAACCGUGGGCAUCUUUCUGGUGCCCGUGGUCCUUCUCAUGAUGUGCUACGGGUUUAUCUGCCACAGUAUUUGGAAAAAUAUUAAAUACAAGAAAAGAAAAACGACGGCUGGUGCGGCAAGCAGGAAUGGACUGAUUGGAAAGAACUCGGUCAGCAGCGUUACAACUAUCUCAAGAGCCAAACUGAGAACCGUUAAAAUGACUUUUGUGAUCGUUUUGGCGUACAUUGUUUGCUGGGCACCGUUUUUCAUCGUGCAGAUGUGGUCUGUGUGGGAUGAAAACUUCCAGUGGGAUGAUUCAGAGAACACAGCAGUGUCUCUGUCUGCACUCCUUGCCAGUCUCAACAGCUGCUGUAACCCGUGGAUAUACAUGAUCUUCAGUGGCCACCUCCUCCAGGAUUUUGUGCAGUGCUUCUCGUGUUGCCGCAAAAUCAACACCGACUUCAAGAAAGAAGACUCAGACAGUAGCCUCCGCAGAACGACUUUGCUCACUAAGAUGACCAAUCGGAGCCCAACAGCGAGAACCUUUUUUUCCAGGAAUCCUGAUGCUUUCAAAGGUUGUUGUGCCUCCCCGCAGUGCUGCCGAACACCCUUUCCUGUUAAAGUGUUUACAAAGAUAAAACCCAUAUAGCAGCCGAGAUGUGUGUAGUGAUGGUGAAAACGACUCUUCCAGACCACUCGUCUCCAAGUAACCAAGGCAGUCACCUCAUCCGUUGUGUUUAGCUUUCCGUUUUUCUUGUUUUUCUUAGAACCACAUUUUAGUGGCUUGUAAAUCUGAUUCGAACCUUUUGCUUUGACCUGAGGGAAAAAAGUAAAAUAAAAUAAAAUAAAGGGAAGCAUGUGGAGUUACAUUUAUCAGCCAGAUUUUUGUGGUUAUGUGCACUUUUAUGAUUUGUUGAAGGAAUUGUUUCAUGUUGCACAAGACAGUCCUAAAUUUGAUGGCUUUCAUUUCUGCUCAGCAUUGGUAAAUGAGAUCUCCUUCAAGUUUUAUAGACACACACACACACAGAUAGAACGCAGGGGGCUCUGAUGAAGUGAGACUGACCACUGCUGUUUAAGUCAGCCCACCUUCUCACAAACUGUUCCCAUGUCUUUCAUAAAAUCUUGGGAAGAAGCUCACACAUUCCACACACAACACGUCAGCACACUUCCUGAUUUUCCUCAGACAUCCUGCACCACUGGAGGUUCUGAGUUUUGGCUUCAUUUGCACUCGAGAUAAACAACUUCCUGGAAAUCAAUGUGAUAUGUGACACCAUAAUGGUUGUCGGAUUAAAAAUAAUCCCCCCCACCCCCACAAAAAAGCUAUAUUGAAUCAAGAUUGUACAUAGAUAUUGUGUAUAUAUGUGUGCACUGUGUAUCAAAGUAUGUACAUAUAAAUUCAAAUGUUGCAUAUUUGUAUAUUAAAAACACUUAAAUGUCUGUAAAUAGGAGUAAUAUAUGUAAAUCUAUGGGGCAUGAGUUGCUGGUCUGUAAUGGCUUGUGCAAAUCUUUAAGAGGUAACUUACUGUAACACCUUAUGUUGAAAUAUACACGCCAAUGUAUUAAUUAUUACGUUGUCUUUGUUCCUGUUUUUACUACAUGGAACAUUUCAUAGUUUGUGCUUCAUGAAGCUGGUGCACAGCCACAGAAAUUUAUGUGUGUUAUUUCUGUUGAAAAUGAAGUGCUUUGUGAAGUCAUGUCUCUUGCCAAUCUAAGCACUUGAAGCUUGCCAAGCUCUGGGAUUAUGCAACUGCUUGACCUUUCAAUUGAAAACGUGUGAAUGGGAAAUUCUGCUAAUGAGCAGCCUUUUGUCAACAUGUUGUCCACCCCCAUACUGAUGGAUAAUAUAUGUCCCAAUAGAAUGAAUAGCACCUUGUAAUAAAGUGAUAAAUCAUUGCAUUAAAAGGUCAUUU